CCUUCCUUCCUCCAGGAUGAUUCUCUUCCUGCAGUGUCAAAGACUAACUGGGAGACUGUGGCCCUGAUGGAGGACAGUCUGUCAGUGUUGGCUCCAGCGGUGACUGAUGUUCCUCUGACAGCAGCGGCGUUGGACCAGACCAUAGCAGCCUUCAACACAGUGGAGCAGCUCCUCCGCCACCUCAACCCUGACAGCUGGAGACAGGACCUGGACAGCUUGUACAGAGAGACAGCCAUGUACAGACCCCGGGCCUACCAGCACAACAGACAGAACAAGAUUGACCUGGACCGUCUGUAUGAUGAUGUGAAGCGCUACAGCUGUACACCUCGGAACUACUCUGUCAACCUGAGGGAGGAGCUGAGGGCCACCAACGCCGUGUUCUUCCCACGAUGCCUACUGGUGCAGCGCUGUGGGGGGAACUGUGCCUGUGGUACAGACAACUGGAACAGCUGUACCUGCAGCCCGGCCAAGACCAGUGACAAACUACACGAGGUGUUGAAGUAUGCUCCUGAGGUGGGAGGUUAUUCACGGCGUCAGACAGUUCGUGUCAGCUGGGCCCUAGAGGAGGUCCACUUGACGCACCACGAGCGCUGUGACUGUGUUUGUCCCUCCAGACCACCCCGCUGAGAGACAAUGGGACAGGGGGACACAGCUCUGGGACUAACUGCUGUUUAUAUCUCCAUCUCUCUCUCUCUCUGUAGCACUCCCCUGCCUUCCAUCCACAUACCAACCUGUUACAAACCUAGUCACCCAAAGCCACCCCCCCCCCCACUGCCCGAGCCCCCAACACGACUGAUCCACUGAGGUAUGACCCCCCCC